CUGGUGUCAAACUCCUGACCUCAAGUGAUCUGCCCACCUCGGCCUUCCAGAGUGCUGGGAUUACAGGUGUGAGCCACCACACCCAGCCUAUUAUUCCUUCUUUUAUUCCACAGACAUUUACACAUUCUCCUACUGUGUGCUAGGCAUUGCUUUAGAUUCUAAUAAUUCAGCAGCAAAUGAUCCUUGUCCUUGGGAAACUUAGAAUCUAGUGAAAUAUUCAUUCAUUCUUUCAUUCAUUCACGUAUUUACUGUGUGCUUAUGUCUUUUGAGGAUACAGCAACAGAAAACACAGGACCCUCAGAUAAACGAAUUACAUUCUAGAGGGUAGAAGGGAAAGCAAGGGCAAAGGUCUUGAGGCCCUGUGAGCAUGGCUAGAGGCCAGUUAGCAAAAGGGACAUGACACCACUUGUGUCCCCUCCCACUCUGAUAGGGACACAUAACAUUUUCUCAAUUUUUCCUAAAAGACUGUAUAAAAAAUCUCUUCUUUCCAAACAGUUUGCCGCCCUAAAUCCUUCCAGUAUAUUACUUGGGGAGGUGUCACUAGAUCUGUGUAACUGUUUCUCAUUAUGUGACUCCAUUCUGGUUUCUUGCAGGUUUUUGUUUAAAGGAAUGGUGGCGUUAUUUAUUUAAAACAGGCUUUAAAAGAUACGGUUAAAACAGGGGAGAAAACCCUCACGUGGCCCACCUACAAUUCCUACUAACUUAACACAGGUCCCGGGUUUGGGGAAUCCUCCUAGGUCCUAAAUCUUUGGCAGCCAAGUCAAAAGUGACUACGACUCCGGGACUAUAAUUCCCAGGAGACACUGCGUUCGCACUCUCUGCGCAUGCUCAACCUUGGGGACUGCAGAAGACUGAAAGCCCGAGGGGCGGGGCUUGGGGCUGAGCGUUGAAUCGGGGCGGGGCUAGGGGCAGGGCCAGGGAGGGGGCGGUGCUGCCGGCGCCGCCCGGAACACGCUAGUGGAGCGGAAGAUGGCGGCGGCAGCUGCGGCUGCAGCCGGGACCUCAGUUGGGCUGAGGCGGAGAAGCCGCCGGCUCUGACCUCGCUCUGGCUCCGGUGCGCGCGGCUGAGCGUGUGCGAGGCCCCGCGCGUCGGGCAGGGGCGGCGGCGGCCACUGCGCGCCGCCCUGAGGAGCGCCCCAGCGGCGGCGCGACUGCGGCUGAGGAGAGAGCCGGCUCCGGGCCUCCGCGUCCUCCUGCUCCCCCGGCCCCCCGCCUCCUCGGGGGGGCGGCGGCGGCGAUGUUCUCGGUCCUCUCGUACGGGCGCCUGGUGGCCCGCGCCGUGCUCGGCGGCCUCUCGCAAACCGACCCCAGGGCCGGCGGCGGCGGCGGCGGCGACUACGGGCUGGUGACGGCCGGCUGCGGCUUCGGCAAGGACUUCCGUAAGGGCCUCCUCAAGAAGGGCGCGUGCUACGGGGACGACGCGUGCUUCGUGGCCCGGCACCGUUCCGCGGACGUGCUGGGGGUCGCAGAUGGUGUAGGAGGCUGGAGAGACUAUGGAGUUGAUCCGUCUCAGUUCUCAGGGACUUUAAUGCGGACAUGCGAACGUUUAGUAAAAGAAGGACGGUUCGUACCUAGUAAUCCCAUUGGAAUUCUCACCACAAGCUACUGUGAGUUGCUGCAAAAUAAAGUACCUUUGCUCGGUAGCAGCACCGCCUGCAUUGUGGUGCUGGACAGAACCAGCCACCGCUUACACACAGCAAACCUGGGCGAUUCAGGCUUCCUGGUUGUCAGGGGUGGUGAAGUUGUGCACCGAUCAGAUGAGCAGCAGCAUUACUUCAACACUCCAUUCCAGCUCUCAAUCGCUCCCCCUGAAGCUGAGGGAGUCGUCUUGAGUGACAGUCCGGAUGCUGCUGAUAGCACGUCUUUUGAUGUCCAGUUAGGAGACAUUAUCCUGACGGCAACAGAUGGACUCUUUGACAACAUGCCUGAUUAUAUGAUCCUUCAGGAGCUAAAAAAGUUAAAGAAUUCAAAUUAUGAGAGUAUACAACAGACUGCAAGAAGCAUUGCUGAGCAAGCUCAUGAGCUGGCCUAUGACCCAAAUUAUAUGUCACCUUUUGCACAGUUUGCAUGUGACAAUGGAUUAAAUGUGAGAGGUGGAAAGCCAGAUGACAUCACCGUCCUUCUUUCAAUAGUGGCUGAGUAUACAGACUAGCCGAGGUGUCGAGUCCUGCCUUUCCUUUCAUCAUCCCAAAUUUCCCCUGCCAUGUGUGCUGAUCCUGCUGGCAGGACCACAUUUCUUUGCCACUGAUCUCAAUGGCCAGUGAUGUAAGUCUUUUGCCUGUCUUCUUGAGACCCAUUGAGAUCUUUGUUGAGAACCACUACUAUCAUUCACUAGCUCAUAUCUGCCAGCAGCAAUUGAAGAGAUCCAAGAUUUGAAGAUCGGCCUUCAUUUCUCGAUGUUCUUUCCAUGAUGGGGAUGGAGGUGUUCAGUGCCACCGUGGCUGUUUCUUUUCAAAAGUAGUUGAAAUAUUGAAAAUGAGUAAUGUUGGUAAAGUGAAUUCAAAAUCCUAGUGUGCUAAAGGGAUUGUACAAGUCUAACACAAAUUGUACGUAAUGAUACAUCUAAAAACAUAUAUUAUUCAUCAAAAGAAAUGUUACACGUGUACUCCACAGGCAUAGUCUUCGUUACGAUGAUUGGUGUGGCUUUAUGUCUUUGUUAUAAACUCCUGUUUUUCAGGGGCUUAUGAUUCUGCUCUAAAACAUUGCUCUGGGUUAUACAGUUUUGAUCCCAGAAGCUUUUUUGUUACAAAUCGGGAGAAAAAUCAUUUUAGUUCUAGGGGUGCAAAUAUUUCAUGCUUUUAAAAAGAUGCUUGUGUUCCUGUGGUUAAAGUUUUGGCAGUUUAUUGAUUAGUCCAAAUCACAGGCUAAGGUCUGAUCACCAGGAGGGGUGGGGGAGACACUUUACCAGUAUUUUUUUAUGGAAAUAUUAUUCAAGAUUGUAAAACCCCUCAAAGCCUAGAAAUUUAAUGUUAUGGCUGAAAUUCCUCCUAGUUGUCUGAGGAUGCCCCCGAAUGGGAACUCUAGGGCCCAAGGCCUGAAGGGUUGAGAACAAACAACUGUAACUUUGAAUUUUGUUGGCUUUCAGUGGUCAUGCUACCUACCCAUACUUGUACUCUCAGACCUUUUAUUAGUAGCCUUGCUUUCUAUAGAGCAUGCACCAAAUCCAGUGAGUCCAUGUGGAGAGAGCACUGUGUGCGGCGGCAGCAGCACAGACGUCCAUGAGGAAAACUCCCAGUGAUGAUCUGACAUUUACAAUUACCCCACACAGAAAUGUAGGGGUUUCUGAAUCAAGCUUAAUGUUUACAGUUUCCGAAUAGCCAUUUUGCAGUGUAUAGUUUCCUUACAAAACUACCCCACAUUCAGUUUUCCCAUUAUCUGCAAGCUGAAACUUAUUUUUAAGGUUUGUGUACAAGUGGACUGCUGUAAAGAUAUAUAUUUUUGGGUCAGUUUUUUCCUUCAUUAACUUGGUGGUAGAAAAAAAUAUAUACUUAGAAAUCCUUAAAUUAAAGCCAUGUUUUAUAUAUAAGUCAGGUAACAUUGGUGUAUAGAUGAGAAUGCAAUUAAACCUGAUGAGAAUCUACUUGAGAAUAUAGAAAGUCUUUCUCUAAAGGAGAUACUGACUCCCUGGUUUAUUGCAUUAAAAUUUAUGUUUGAGGUUACCUCAACUUGUUUUAAAAGAUUUUGUUUUGUGAAUUUGUACUGUAUAUUUGAGUAACUGUCAAGCUUUUAUUUAAAAUUGUUUAACAUGUACCAUGUACAUGUCAUUACUAUAUUUCAAUGCAUCAUGCUUGUAACAGGCAUUUCAUUUAUAAUAAGAAUGAGUUAUUCAUUUGUAAGCCGUUCAGUAAUUUAUCUACUAUUCCUAAAUUGGCAUAAUGUUAGAUAAUCUAUUUUGAAUCACCUUUAAUUACAUGUCAGAAUGCCUUAACUACCCUAACUUGACAAAACAGAAUUCUUUGGUAGACAAGGUGGGGGCGGGGUGGGGGGUCUGGAGGGAGACUCUAUUUAAGGAGAAAUCAUGCUAUGAUAAAACACAGAAGCAUGAGUGGCAAGUGGCGGGGUAUUUAUUUUGCACAAACUAUUUGCAGUCUCUGUGUAUUUAAAAAGUAAAGAAAGUUGCAUCCAGAAGGGUUUUGUUAGAAGGAAUACAUUUAUAUUAGGAUUGACAACUUCAGCUCUUUUGUUUAGGUUUUCAAUUGUUUUUGGUAAGAGGUAUGUAGCCUUAUGAUCUGGAUAUAUUUUGCAUUCAUUUUCCAACGCCUAUGUUUAAUUCCUGGUAAGAGCAAUGCUCGUCAAGUUUCUGGUUUUUCUCUGCUCUCAUUUAACCUGUCAAACACAGUAUUUGUAAAGUUAGAUUGGUGGUGUUAUACACAACUCAUUUACUCAGCUUACCUUUUUGAGAAAUGAUUGUUAGAAAUUGACAAUGUGUUUGUUCCAGUGAUACUGAAAGUAGUGGGGCAAGAAUUGAGUUUCACAGUGGAAUUGACUUUGGAUCUGGCCUGUAGAUUAGUGACAUAAAAUAUUUUCUCUAUUUUCCCCUGUUCUUUUUGUGUUAUGCACUUAAUUUUAUGACUGCCGGGGGGGUCAGUUGGAGUGCUGCUUAACAAGUAUCUCUCCUACUCUCUGGUCAGAGGCUGUGUUGGACCCAUAGUAGAAUUUUCCAGGUCACAGACCCAAGCUUCCAUGGGUUGUUACUGUGCUGUACCACUUGGUGGGUCUGAUUCUGAACCUGAUGUGUGUGUUAAUUGUAUUUUAAGCAACACACACACACACACACACACACUUGCCUCAUGUAAUGGACUUUUAUAACAAGAGAAAAAAUUUGGAUUUCUAAUUUACAAAUGGCAAAUUAUCCCUCUCUGGAUGCACCAAAGACCAGUAAAGUUUAUAGCUUUUCCAUCUAUAUUUAUAAAGCAAUACUGUAUUAUAAAAAUCAAUAUUUUUAUCACAUGCUUGAAAUUUUUAUUUUGUUCUGUUUUAAAGUGUGCACUCUAAACAUAUCAGAACCUUAUUUCUUCCUAUGAACUUAAGCUGCCUGCGCACAAAAAAAAAAAAUUUACCAAAUGGAGAUGCAAUAGAGUCCAUAGGCUCUGAAAACUAAAAGAAGAAAUGGGAGGCAGGGGGAACAAGUUAUUUGUCCUGAGUUACUGUAUUUGCUUGACAUGGUUGAUGGGUACUAAGUCACAAAAGAAUCCAUUCCAGGUAUGCAUGUCUGGGGGUUGGGCUGUGUCUAGAUUAGAAACUCGGUUUCAAGCUUUGCAUGAUGGGAGAGCAUCCUCUCCUAUCAGCUUUGUGUGUUCUGGAUGGGACAGUAGCCCGGAGAUGGAAACCACCUUCAGUACCACUAGCCCACCAUACCAAGUAACAAGUUAGGCAGGAAUCGUGGGAAUUUAUUGAGUCAGCUUUGAGUGUUUGGGAGAAUGUAAACAAGAUAUUGGCUCGAACUGUAAACAUUUGUACUUUGGGUAAGUUCAUGGUUCCUUAGGUCACCUUUUACCAGCUGUCUUUGGUAGAAGCUACAGCAUUCAGUUUCUCUGGAAACUGUAUCACAUUUUUGCAUUUUAAAAAUUUUACAGUAUCAAAAACCAAAAUCUGCUUAUAAAACAAAACAUGAAGCAGAAGAACAUAUUUGGAUUCUAUUUAUUUAAAAUUAAAUUCUUUGCAAAAUUGAACUUCUCAACUAAAAUGUGUCCAUGUCAAAAUUGUAACUGUUAGCAGGUAGUUUGUGGCAAAGAUGGCUAAAUAAUGAAGCAAAUUAGAAUCUGUGUGUAUACUAAUGAGCUGCUUUUUUUCUGUUGAGACUAUCAUUAUUUGUCUUAUUACCCAAGAGGCAAUUACCUGAAUUUGGAUGUCUGAAUUAUAACUUAUGCAGGAAUAGUUCUGUAAAUACAUUUAAAUAAACUGUAAAGAUAUUUAAUAAACAUAGUAUUUAUACUAA